AUGUUGCCAGCUCCCACGGCUGGUGCUCGCCUUGUCAGACCGCCGCCUCCGACCGCCGCACACCGUGGCACCGCCGGCACCCGCCGCGCCGCGGGGUUCGCGGCGCGCACCCGCCGGGGCAGCGGGUUCGACCGGGCGUGGGCGCUGGGCGUGGGCGCCGCACGUUGGGUGCGCCGAUCCCGGAGGGCGAAGCGAGCGAAGAGUGACCUGGUGGAGAGUGAAGAGGUCGAGGUGAAGAAAUCCCAAUCCUCUUACAGCUGGGAGAAGCAAUGGUAUCCAGUUCUGCCUUUGUCGCUGUUGCAGGGGGUGGGUCCUGAGCCAAUCAAGCUGCUGAACAAGGAUUUGGUACUUUGGAAAGACGGGGAGGGUGAAUGGCGAUGCACUGACGGUAUUUGUCCUCAUCGUCUUGCACCCUUGGCACGUGGCCGUGUGACUGAAAACGGAGAGCUCAUGUGCCGCUUCCAUGGUUGGUGCUUCAAGGGCGAUGGCAUGUGUGCGAAAGUUCCAAUGGCUCAUGGGGAUUCUGAAGCUGAGGGACGUUUGAUCGGUCAAGACUGCAGCAAGCUGGCAUCGUAUCCGACGAAGCUCAAGAAGGGCUUGCUCUUCGUUUGGCCCCACGCCAGUGCGAAAGAGGCUUUGCAAAGGGAACCCUUUGUCCCUGAGGAGUUGUCGGAGAGUCCCAACUGGAGUUGUUUUGACGUGCCAGCCGGCUGGAGGGUGUGGCUCGAACAAAGCUGGGAUCCCAGCCACGCGCCCUUUUUGCAUCAGUAUGCCCUACCGAACUUUGCUCCAGAAUAUGCGGCCCCCAUGGAACCGUUUGACAUUCAAGAUCUUGGAGAUGAUGGUCUCAAGGUCAAGCAUGGUGGAUACAUGCAAAGCAACAUGGGCAUGAAGGCUGAUCGUCGCUUCGUGCCGCCUUGUGCCAACUCCACCUCCUACCUCUAUCCGGAUGGUCGAAUCAUUGGCUUCAACUUCUAUUUCGUGCCCACCGAGCCUGGAAAAGUGCGCCAGAUUACCACCUCCUAUUUUGUGCCAAGCCAGAACGAAGACGACAGCAAGAGCAACCUCAAGGGGAACAUGAUGCAGAUGUCCAAGGUGGUUUUGAAAGGCCGGAGCCUGGGCACCGCCGAGAAGCCAAAGCGCGAUCUCCGUGCCUCGUGGAUGGCCUGGGCGGAAACACGCUGGCCCGACCUGGCGAAGGUGCGGCGAGGCCUCGAGACAUGGAAGCUCUUGCAGGCGAGCGCCCGCGGAACGCGCGCGGAGGAAGGGCCCGCGCACGGACCGAAUGGAGGGAAGGGGCUACUUGGGGAUCAAGACAACACGGUGCUUUCCUUCCAAGACUCGGUGGGCCUGCCAGCUGUGCAGAAGAAAGAACUUCGUGAGCCGCGUGUCUCGCAGCGCUUCGGGGGCCCGGCCUCCGAGUAUCUGCUGGAGACCCACGCGGACGCCCUGGUGGCGCGCUUCGACGCCUGGAUCGCGCAGCGCCACGGUGGCCCCUUCGGCCGCAUGGACGGCCGUGGCGACGGCGGCGCGCCACGGGAGCAGCUGGAAGCGGCGGUCUUCGACCGGUGGGCGGCGCAUACGAGCUUCAGCAAGGAUGCACAGGCUGAGGGGAUGAGGGAAGCUUUGGAUCGGACCUGA